CGCGGCCGCUACGGCUGCUGCUAUUGAUGCAACAGCACCAAGCACAAAACCUCCCUUUGCCAGGAUUAGGCCAACGAGGACGUGCGACCCCGUCUCAAUUCGGGAAACUGAGUUUCGCGGGAGGUGAGGCGACUCCACCUUCCACUCCGCCAGUUUCAGCCGCCUUGAUAGCGGCCUCCUGCACAUCAGGGGAGGAUGCGAAUGUCGUAAGUCCUCGGUACACUUACGAGGACUAUGUUGUCCACUUGGUUCCACCGCUGGACCAACCGCUCCACGUGCAACAAUCAACCGCAUGCACGGUUUCAUCACCAUCGGCAAACGAUUCGGCAGCUUCGCCGCCAUCUAUCACUGGGGAUUCCACGUCAUGGUCAAGACUUGAAGAGCUCGACCCGUUGACAUUCGCGGACUUCCAAUGGAUGUCCGUUCCCCCGUCCGGUCGCUUGCCGAAACUGCAUUGCAACGUGCUCAUGGCACAAUUGCGGGAUUACUUGCACACUGUAGUACCGACUCCGUUGAUGGACGUCGGAGUAGAGGUUGUCGACCUUCACGCCUACAUUGCGAAAAAUGACCGCGAGUUCAAGACGCAAUGGUACAACAACAUCAACGCACCAUUGCUAUAUGUACGCAAUCAGAUCGGAGAAGCGACCUACAGCGCUUUGAUCGAUUGCGGAGCAUCUCGCAACGACAUCAUGGUGCGCGCCGGCCUUGGCCCACGCGUCCGAAGGAAGCCCCAGCCUACGCAAGUCACGUUGGCAGACGGUCACACGCACAAGUCAAUCGACCGGUGCAUUGAUGACGUCCCAGUGUACUUUGCCCCUCACGCAAGUGAGGCGGUGUCCUUUGACAUUUUGGACACCAAAUUUGACAUGAUCUUGGGCAUGUCAUGGCUGCGAAGCGAGGAUCAUCCGGUGAACUUCUAUAACCGCACCAUUCACAUUCGUGAUCGGAAUGGAAUACUAGUCCCAUGACGGUGCCUCUCCCUCAUCCUUCCAUCAGCUGCCACGUGGUGUCCGCCGCAAGCAUGCGAGC